AUGAAAUUAGAAUUUGAAUUUUAUGAGGAGAUUCGAGGAAAUUUUGUCAACAUCUUGGAGGGUUUGGAAUUGCAUACAGGAGUUUUCUCUGAAAGGGAUGAGAGGAGAAUUCUCGACUGUGUAUUUGAUAUAUGGGAUAAAGGCUUUGUUGGUUUGUUGAUGAAGAAAACAUAUUCAAAGCCACAAAAAUGGAUGAGGGGCAAGGGACAAAUUACAAUUCAAUGUGGUUGCUACUAUAACUUCGCGAAGGAUAGACUAGGGAACCCCUCGGGUAUCCUAAGAUAUGACGAGGUGGAUCCUCUGCCUUCAGAGAUAAAAAGGAUUAUCAAAAGAAUGGUAAGGUGGAGCAUACUGCCGGCAAAUUAUAUCCCAAAUAGCUGUAUCAUCAAUAUCUAUGAGGAAAAAGAAUGCAUUCUGCCCCACAUAAAUUACCACGACUUUGUCAAGCCUUUCUGUACAAUAUCUUUUAUGAGCAAGAGCAACAUUUUACUUGGAAGAGAAAUUGACAUUGUGGGACCUGGAGAGUUCAGAGGAUCAGUUGAGAUUCCACUGCUAGUGUGUUCAGUUCUGAUCUUGAAAGGAAACGGAGCAGACUUGACGAAGCAUUGA